AUGACGCACUUCCGGAGCGCCGCGCCGCGCGCCGCCGGAGGUGAGUGCCGGGUGGGGGCGCUCCUGCCCAGCGGCCGGGACCGGCGGCGUCGCUUACCCCGGCAGGAGGCUGCUGUCGCUUUCCGCGGCCUCGGGGAGGCCGAAACGCGGAGGGAGUCGGGCGGAGGCGCCAGGACCGGCCUCGCAGGACCCUCCCUCAAGCCUCCUGUCCCCUCUCCCCUGCACUCUGGCCCGGAGCCAGAGGAUUGGCUCUGGGGCAGCAGGAACCUGUUGUUUAAGGAGAUGGUGACCUUUGAGGAUGUGGCUGUGUACUUCACCCAGACAGAAUGGGCUGGCCUUUCUCUUGCACAGAGGGUCCUGUACGGGGAAGCGAUGCUGACCAGUUAUGCGAACUUGACUUCCCUGGGAUACCCAGUUUGCAAACUUUCCCUGAUCUCACUUCUGGAGGGAGGGGAUUUGCCUUGGGGCCUGGAGGUACAGGAUACUCCCCCUGCAGAGAGGACCAGAGACAUCUGUAAAGAUGCUGAGACCAACAUUGACAGUGAGUCCACAUCAACACAGGGAAUUUCUGAAGAAAGAGGUGUGAUGAUGUCACUUGGGCUGCCAAAGAGUAUUUCUCAGGAAAAUGACUUUCCAAAAGCUUGUCAAGUGGGGAAACAUCAGGAAAUCCCCACAGUGAAAAAUACUAAAGGAAAGGAUGAGAGAAUUCACUAUGUCCAGAAGCCCUUCAGAUGUGAGGAGUGUGGGAGUUGCUUCAGCUUUUUUUUCAUUAGACACCAGAGAAUCCACACUGGGGAGAAACUCUAUCCAUGUGAGAAGUGUGAAAAAUCCUUUAAUGGCAAUUCUUCAUUAAUUCGGCAUCACAGUAUCCACACUGGAGAGAAACCCUAUCAGUGUGAAGAGUGUGAGAGAGCCUUUAAUAAUAGUGCAAAUCUGAUCAGGCAUCAGAGAAUCCACAGUAGGGACAGACCCUAUCUCUGCAAGGAAUGUGGGAAUGGCUUCUCUAGUAGUUCUGAAUUGGUUAUACAUAAGAGAAUCCACACUGGGGAGAAACCUUAUGAGUGUAAUAGUGGAAGAGCUUUCACCAUUAAAUCCACAUUAAGUCAGCAUCGGAGAACCCACAGUGGAGAGAAACCCUAUGAGUGUAGCAAUUGUGGGAAAACCUUUAGGUCUUCUUCCCAGCUGCACCAUCAUGAGUUUGCCUGCUCUAGAGAGAAGCCUGUGCUUGACGUUGGUUCUUUUGGCCUCCCAGCAUUUUUUACCCCCUUUUCAUGGUAG